AUGUUUGUCCCCCUGCCGGUGCCGUUCGUCUUUCAGAGAACCGCGUCCGACUUCAGCGCUUGGCGUCUCAAGUCCCCGCUGGCCCUUCGUUCGAACUCUGAUAUCAGGAUGUCUAAACCAGUUGAUGAUGAGAAGCCAGGUGCAGACUUCCCAGUUGAGAGCACAGACUCAGACGGAAGCAGCCCUGAAGCAGGUGACCAGGCUCGGUCAAUGAAGACAAGUCCUUUCUGCCUGUCUCCCGGCCUGAGCAACACCAAGGUAAGACACGUGCAGGUCUACUGUGCCAUGAGCGUGUCCCCAACCCCCACGCCACCGCAGCCCUCCCUGCCCCACACGCAGCUCAUGCUGGCGGGCAGCCAGCUAGCCGGGCUGGCUGCUCUCCUCCCUGCGCAGCAGCAGCUCCUCCUGCAGCAGGCCCAGGCUCAGCUCCUGGCCGCCGCCGUCCAGCAGUCCAACGCCGCGCACGCCGCCGCCGCCGCAGCCAGCCAACAGCAGCAGGCCCAGGCCCAGGCCCAAGCCCAGGCCCAGGCUCAAGCGCAGGCUCAGGCCCAGGCUCAGGCACAAGCCCAAGCCCAGGCCGCCCAGCCGUCCCCGCUCGCCCUGUCCCAGCCGAUACAGCUCACUGCCCAGGACAUUCAGCAGUUGUUGCAGCUGCAGCAGCUGGUUCUGAUGCCAGGACACCCCCUGCAGUCCCCUGCCCAGUUCCUGCUGCCACAGGCCCAGAGCCAGCAGGCACAGCAGGGUCUGCUAUCGACACCAAAUUUGAUUCCACUACCUCAGCAAAGCCAAGGUGGUCUCCUGACCACUCCACCCAGGCUGGGGCUCCAAGCACAGAGAGAGAAGAGUAUGGAGAGUGGGGGAGGCUCGGGCGCUGCCUCUGGGGGCCCCAUGGCCUCCAUGCCCCCCCAGUCGCACCCUGAGGAGCCCAGCGACCUGGAGGAGCUCGAGCAGUUUGCACGCACCUUCAAGCAGCGCCGCAUCAAACUGGGCUUCACACAGGGGGACGUGGGGAUGGCCAUGGGAAAGCUAUAUGGGAAUGACUUCAGCCAGACCACUAUAUCCCGCUUCGAGGCACUCAACCUGAGCUUCAAGAACAUGUGCAAACUCAAGCCCCUGCUGGAGAAGUGGCUGAGUGAUGCAGAAACCAUGGCGAUAGACAGCAUGCUGCCCAGCCCCAGCUCCCUCUCCUCCCCCGUGGUGGGCUUCGAGGGGUUGCCCGGGCGACGCCGGAAGAAACGCACCAGCAUCGAGACCAACGUCCGCGUGGCCUUAGAGCGCAACUUCAUCGCGAACCAGAAGCCUACCUCAGAGGAGAUCAUGCAGCUGGCCGAGCAGCUGAACAUGGAGAAGGAGGUGAUCCGGGUCUGGUUCUGCAACCGCCGCCAGAAGGAGAAGCGCAUCAACCCGUCCAGCUCCACCCCUCCCCUGCCCAGCCAGCCCGUGACCCCGGCCCACCCCGCGCACAAGCCCCCCUGCUACAGCCCACACAUGAUGUCCAGUCAAGGGCUGCCCCAGGCUGUCACCAGCCUCAGCACAACAGCAGUCAGCUCCUCUCCCUCCGUGGCCUGCCCCAUCCUCAGCCCGAGUGGCAAUGCUACCAUGAGCUCCACCCCCAGUUCUGUGACUCCGCCUCCCCACAGCAGCGCUAGCCCUGCUCCUCGCCUGAGCAGCCCUGGCCUCAGCACAGGGAGCACAAUGAUGGGUGUAAGCACAGGGAUGAACCCGGCCCUUCUUGGCAGCAACCCCCUGGCCACAAUGCAAGCCCUGGCUGCCAGUGGUGGUCAGAUGUCCCUUUCUGCUCUUGAGAGCGCGAGCCACCAGAUGCUGCUGGGCGGUGCCGGGGGCCACGGCGGCGGCCUCCGCCAGUCCCUCUUCCUCAACCGCCCCACCCUGCUGCCGAUGUCUGCCAGUGCCGCCGCUGCCGCUGCCGCCGCCGGCAUGGGAUUGGUCAGCGCCGGCCGAGCGGCGUCCUCCCCGCCCCCGAGCGGCAGCGGCGUGAGCGUGGCGUCUUGCUCCGCCUCUCCGUGCUCUAGUCCCGCCUCUUUCUGCUCCUUCAGCGAAGCCUCCUCUCCGCCCCCGCUGGGAGGGGCCAUGGCUGAGUGA